GUGUGUCUGUGUGAAUGCAUUCCUUGUGUAUGAAAGUACCUACAGAGGCAGAAGAGGUGUCUGAUUAAGUGGAGCUGGAAUUACAGGUGGUUGUAAUCAGCUCCACAUGGGUGCUGAAAACUGAGCUCAGAUUUGGGAGAGCAGCAAGUGCUCUUAACUGCUCAGCCAUCUCUCCAGCCCACGUGUUACCAUUUUUAGUGGCUUUCACCUAUCAUAAAGAGAAAGAGCUAAUUAUGAUGCUUGAUGAUUAAUAGAUAAUUGAUGAUGAUCAUCCAUGUCUUCAAGAAUGCAAGUAACACUGUAGAGAGAAGAAAGCUCACUACUGACCACUUAUAUGUAUAAACUGCCCAGACGUGCCCUUCGGUUUCUGGAAGAGAGCGUUCCAGUGUAUUUCACCAUUGCCCUUACAGGAUGGAAGCCAUCAGUUUGUCCCAUGGCUUAUUUUCUAGGAACCCAAGCUAUUUUCACAGUGAAAAGACAGAGAUGGAAAGGAUGGUGUCUGACUGCUGGAGAAGUAGUUACCAGGAGUCAGUGACCUUUGAGGAUGUGGCUGUAGACUUCACUGAGGAGGAAUGGACUUUAUUGGACACACAACAAAGGAACCUUUACAGAGAGGUGAUGCUUGAGAACUUCCAGAACCUGGCCACAUUAGGUGAGGUUCCCCUCAUUCCCUGUAGACUCUUAUCAAAUAGCCACAAUGGAAAGGAGUUCUGUGACUUUAAGCCACCUGGAGAAAUCUUCAAAGACCCUUCAUGCAGUCUGACCCGCAUAAAUACUCAAAACUCAGGAGACAUUUAUGAAGAUGUUCAGUGUGGACAAAUCUUUUGUACUCAGCCUAAGGAAGCCUCUUCUGCAAAGGAAGAGGAAGACAAAGGAAAAGACUCGAGUAUGAUUGCAAGUGCUGCUUAUCAGACAAAAUGUAUACAAACCAAAUUUCUUGAAUCCAGUGAAUUUCAGCAAGCCUUUAAUAGUCAGUCAAUCCUUCAGGCACCUGGGAGAAGCCACAGCGAAGACAAAUACUUUAAAUGGAUACAAUGUGGUGGCCUGAACCGUGCUGGGAAUGGUCUACCAUACACUGGAAAAAAAGCCCAUGAGUGUAAGGAAUGUGGGAAAAGCUUUAAAUAUCCUGCCAACCUUAACAUUCAUAUGCGUACUCACACUGGGGAGAAACCUUACCAGUGUAAGGAAUGCGGGAAAGCCUUUUCUAGGUGUUACCCACUAACUCAGCACUUAAAGACUCACACUGAAGAGAAGCCCUUUGAAUGCAAGGUUUGUGGAAAAUGCUUUAGAAACUCCUCAUGUCUUAAUGAUCACCUUCGGGUCCACACUGGACUAAAGCCCUAUAAAUGUAAGGACUGUGGCAAAGCCUUCACAGGGCGCUCUGGCCUUAGCAAACAUUUACCAACACACACUGGAGAGAAGCCGUACGAAUGUAAGGAGUGUGGGAAAGCCUUCACUUCAACCUCAGGCCUUAUUAAACAUAUGAAAAGUCACAUGGGAGAGAGGCCCUUUGAGUGUGAUCACUGUGGAAAAGCGUUUGCUUCUUCUUCAACUCUUAUUACACACUUGAGAACACACACUGGAGAGAAGCCCUUUGAGUGUGAAGUGUGUGGGAAAGCGUUUACGUGUUCUUCUUAUCUUUGCAUUCACAUGCGGACUCACACUGGAGAGAAACCCUAUGUAUGUAAGGAGUGUGGCCGAGCCUUCACUGAGCGCACAAGCCUCACUAAACAUGUGCGAACACACACUGGAGAAAAUCCUUUCGAGUGCAAUGUGUGUGGAAAAGCAUUUGCAUGUUCUUCGUACCUUCAUAAUCAUAUACGAACUCACACCGGAGAGAAGCCUUACAUAUGUAAGGUAUGUGGGAAAGCCUUCACUGUUUCCUCACAUUUAAGUAAACAUGUAAGAAUUCACACAGGAGAGAAACCCCAUAAAUGUGAGGAAUGUGGCAAAGCGUUCACUGUGCGCUCUGGUCUUACAAAACAUAUACGAACUCACACUGGAGAGAAGCCCUAUAAUUGUAAGGAGUGUGGGAAAGCCUUCACUACAUCUUCAGGCCUCCUUGAACAUACGAGAUGUCACACAGGAGAGAAGCCAUACGAAUGUGACCAGUGUGGAAAGGCCUUUGCUUCUUCCUCCUAUCUUAUUGCACAUUUGAGAACUCACACUGGAGAGAAGCCCUUUGAGUGUAACGAGUGUGGGAAGGCGUUUACGUGCUCCUCCUACCUUCACAGUCACAUGCGGUCGCACACUGGAGAGAAGCCCUAUGAAUGUAGGGAGUGUGGGAAAGCUUUUGCUGUUUACUCACAUCUAAGUAAACAUGGAAGAAUUCACAGUGGAGAGAAAACCUAUGAAUGUAGAAGUUAUGGAGUAGCCUUCAGUCGUCCUCAUCUUACAGAACACGUGGAAACCCUGAGAUAAGUUCGUUGGUUGGAAGGGAUGAAGACACUGCUCUAGGAAGUUCUAUUGCUUUAGCAGUGCAUUCAAAUUCACAGUGGCAAGAAAGCUUAUCAGUGUAAGCCAUUAUAAAGUGGUUACUUAUAUCUCUGUUGUAACAUGAACGAACUCAUGUUGCAGAGAUGUGUCAUGCGCAUAGAGAGUCUGGGAAGUGAUCAGAAUGCUCAAAACCCAGCUCACAUAAACUCACUUUGAAGCUUCACAGUGCUGAACCCUGGAAAGCCUUCACUGUUACUAGGGCU